UGUUAGCCCUUUUCCUUUCCUCUGCACAACUAUCUAUUGGACUCUUUGUGAAUACAAAUCCAAAGGAAAUGGGAGAUGAGCUCUCCCACAAACACAAAUUAAGGGUUUAAAAAUAGUAGGAAAAAAAAAAAAAACCUCAGUACAGUGGCCUUAUAGGUAGGAAUCAGAUAGCCAUACAAAGAAAAGCUGAGUCCAAGUUUACAGAGCAGGCCAUUUGUUUAGUUUCUGGAAAGAAAUUUAGGGGUUUAUGGCGGGAUAUCAUCAGCAAUGGGCAGCUCCGCCUGCGGCGCCGGAUUCGCAUUAUCAUUCUCACAACUCUUCUGACGAGGUCAGGACUAUAUUUGUGUUUGGAUUUCCUAGUGAUGUGAAGGAACGAGAGCUUCAGAAUCUGUUGCGAUGGUGGCCGGGUUAUGAGGCAUCACAAAUAAAUUUCAAAGGCGAUCAGGCUUUGGGUUUUGCUCUAUUUUCUACACCUCAAUUUGCAAUGCAAGCUAGAGAUGCCUUGCAGAAUUUGGUGUUUGAUGCUGAAAAUAACUCUAUAUUGCGUGCAGAGAUGGCUAAGAAAAAUCUCUAUGUGAAAAGAGGUGUUACUGUUGUCGCACCAGACACAAACAGCUUUGACCAUAGCAAAAGAAUGCGAACUGGUGGAGACUACAAUCCUGCAGCUUACCCUGCUCCAGGGACUUUUGUUCCUCAACCUGCACCUGUAUGGGGUCCACAGGGUUAUAUGGCGCCUCCAAGUGCUCAAUAUGAUCUGUAUGGAGGAUAUCCUCAAGUCCAGCCAGUUCCCAUGCCUGUUGCUCCUGCAGGCUAUGCACCUGUUCAGAACAUGAAGGACAAUCCCCCAUGUAAUACUCUUUUCAUUGGUAAUCUGGGUGAAAAUACAAGUGAAGCUGAGUUGCGGGGACUUUUUAGCGUACAACCAGGUUUCAAACAGAUGAAAGUGUUGCAUCAGGGAAGAAGCACUGUUUGCUUUAUAGAGUUUGAGGAUAUAAAUAGUGCAGUAGUUGUUCACAACAACUUGCAAGGUGCUGUUAUCACUAGCUCAGAUAGAGGUGGUAUGAGGAUACAAUAUUCUAAGAAUCCCUAUGGAAGAAAGAAAGAUGGCAGUGGACCACCACAUGCAGCUGGAGCUGCUCCUGGUAUGCCUGUACCAUUUUUCAAUGGUGUGCCUACAACAGCAUCACAGUGACAUCAUAUUAAAGCUGAUGACACCACCACCAAAAGGGACGUAUUCUGCUCUUUAAUGCUCCUUUUGAAGCAUGCAAUUUAGAAAUCAAUGGCAUCCUCAGCAUCAUAUUGGUGCAUUAAAUUGCAUCAUCGUUUUGUUAUCAUUGAUGUUGUGGUCAUCAGCAUUUUUUCCUUUUCUUUGCAUUUGAUCAUUAUUACGAUCAUUUGUGCCAUAUCAUCUAUGAUAGUUAUCAUAAUGUAUUGCAUCUGUUAGGGAAAAUGUGGAGAUUUGCAUUGGUAUCAAGCAUGAAGAAAGACACAGGGGGUUGCUUAAUAUUCAUGGGAGGGAGGUGCAUCAGAACUGUAUGUGGGCAGAUUAUGUUUCCUCAUUAUACAUGCAGCACAAUUCAAGUUCUUCAUAUUGGCAUUGGCAUUAGUAAUGGAUUUUUGUAGGAACAUCUGCAUGCACAGUUCAAGACAAGCAUUUAUCAUACUCAUGAUGUGGUUGGUUUUGCCUCCUUGUUAGUCUUAAAAAGGCAUGGGCUAUGGGGAUUGGUGACUUUUGUACUUCACUUCUAGUAUAUCUAGGGUUGAAGAUUAUUGAUUGCUUGCCUUAGUAUAAGUGCAUCUUUCAUAGCAGGCAUUUUCUCUCAUACAGAAAUAUUUCAACUAUGCAUUUGAAAAUUAUUUAAAAAACCAUGUCUUAUAUUUA